AUGAACAGUCCAACAGAUCAAUCACCACCACCGGCAUCAAGAGCUAGCAAAUCUUCAUCUCCAAAUGUGGGCUCUUCUGGUGAUGGCAGCUUUAAAAGAGCAAGACGAACUAUGACUUCGAACGUUGACUAUAACUUGAAAAAAAGGCGCAUAAUUCCUGCAGAUGACUCUACCUCCAGACGUUACCAGAAGAACAAUGCCGAAAAGGCGAAAUGCAACCUUUCAUUAAGCCCGUCUCAAGAGCCAGACGAACCAAAAAGCGUUAUAGUACACGAACCUGAUGGGAAAAUAAGUUUCAAUGAGCCAAAAUCUUUCGAUCCCAUAAAUGGGAUGACCGGUUUACCACUGGGAAUGGGUCCUCCUGAAAAAGUGAAAAAAGAGUGCUACUGGGUCUAUAAAAAAAAUGGUGGGGUUGGGACUAAUGGGACGGCAAGCUCCGCUAGUAGUGCAGGAAGUAGCCAAACGACACUGUCCCAGGAAAUCAGCGCGUACGAGAAUCGACUGGAAACUCGCAAAUCUGAAGAGAUAACGCAACCUAGCUUCUUGCGUACUAGCACCAAACCAAAAGACAUUUAUCGAACAAAGAGACAAUACCGCAAAAGAAGCGAUAACACGCAGCAUAGAAGUAAACACCUUCCGAUACACACCAAAAUAAAAGCUUCGACCAACAAGGAAGGCAAGCUAUUCGGUCAAAAUUCAAUCACGAAUCAAAAAGCUAUUGCGCCCUCAGUGUUUUCAUCUACUAGUGCCGCGGUGGAAAAUGACGAUUUAUGCUCUAGUUGUCACCAACCAGGUGUUUUUCUCUGUUGCGACACUUGUCCGAAGUCUUUUCAUUUCGCCUGCUGCAAUCCUCCGUUAGACCCCGAUAACUUGCCCGAGGGAGAUUGGUCUUGUCCCGAAUGCCAGUUCAAAAUGAGGUGUCCUAAUAAGUCUGCUGCCCAUAAACUGGAGAAAGAAUAUUUAGAUGCUUCAGGAGCAACACUGGGACUGUCACUUUUCGGAAAAUUGCUCUUCAAGCUGGAGUUUACCAAUCCCAGACAGUUUCUACCUGCAGCAUCCAUCAGAGACGCUUUUGCUGAGGUGAAAACAGGCACUCAUGGUGAGUACUCAGAUGGCUCAAUGCGAGAACCGCUCAACGAGAAGCAGGCAAUGAACUCUGGCUACGGACAAAGUUUAACAAAAAUGGAUCAGUAUAAUCCCGAGCAGCAUGUCGAUCCUGACUCAGGCGAACUACUGAUAUGCUACAAGUGCCGUAAGACCAAGAUGGGAACAAUUGACCAUCCGGAAGAAGAACGACUGAUUACCAAAUGCGACGUUUGUGGUACUCCUUGGCAUUUAGACUGCAUACCUGACAUACCUCGGGCAUCAUUCAAAACCUUGGGUAGCAAAUGGAUAUGUCCUUUGCACGCAGACAGCCUAAUUCCUAAAAAAAGAAGACGACUCGCACGCCACCAAAAAUUCUACACUCCCGCGUCGACCUUCAACGUGCCUAACAAUGGCGACAUUGAAAUUUUACUAGAUGAAAUUUCUUCUCCGCUGUCCAAAGAAACCGUGAAUGAGACCAAAACCAACAAAGAUCUGGCAGUUUUGAGGGUUCCUGAGAACUCAAUCAAGCUCAACUUUAUUGACAAAGUAUACAAAGCCAAAGCAGCCAUGAUGGAUAAACAGUUCCAGGAACAAGAAAAGCUCAUCGACAAAGCUUUGGCCUCGAUGUCAAAGACAGGCCUUGCCAAGUCAAAGCUCGGUUCAUUUUUGUACUUCACCUUACAGAACAAUAGACCUUUACAAAAAAUGUGGGAUUUCAAGGAGCUUUGCGAUGUGGCUACUAAGAGGAAGCAGGUGUCAGAACUUCAAGACGCUGAAGUCAGUGAGCUACUGGCACUGCGAGGAAUCUUGGAAUCGAAAUCAAAGAAGGAAGUAAUGGCGUUUUUUGGUAUGAAAGAGUAG